AUCCAGGGUGGGGAUCCAGCACAGAGCAGACUCGGAAAGCUUCGUGAUUGUAUGCCAUCCGCUGCCCCCAACCCAACUGGGGCAGGGGGCACAGCGCGGGACAUCCAUCCCGUUGGACGAGCUAACACCUGUCUCCGUCCUCCCCUCCCCUGGUUGCUGAACGUUUUUCUCCCCCCAUGUAUGACGACUCCUAUCUCCAUGGAUUCGAAGACUCCGAGGUGGGCUCAGCUGAUUCCUAUACCAGCCGCCCAUCGUUGGACUCUGACGUGUCAUUAGAGGAGGAACGUGAGGGUGUGAAGCGCGAGGUGGAGAGCCAAGCUCAGCAGCAACUCGAGAAAGCCAAGCACAAGCCAGUCGCAUUUGCUGUUCGUACCAAUGUCAGCUACUGUGGCGCACUGGAUGAGGAGUGUCCCAUGCAGGGAUCUGCCAUCAAUUUUGAAGCCAAAGAUUUCUUGCACAUCAAAGAGAAAUACAACAAUGAGUGGUGGAUCGGGCGGCUAGUAAAGGAGGGGGGAGACAUCGCCUUCAUCCCCAGUCCACAGCGGCUGGAGGCUAUACGGCUGAAGCAGGAACAGAAAGCCAGUAGGCAAUCUGGCAAUCCUGCCAUCAGCAAUCGGCGAUCACCUCCCCCAUCUCUAGCCAAACAGCUGUUGCGAUUUCCUGUUGGAUGUCAUCGCGUCUCCAUGAGACUGUAUGGUGUUUGUGGGACCAAGAAAGGAUAUGAGGUUACUGACAUGAUGCAGAAAGCUCUGUUUGAUUUCCUCAAGCACAGAUUUGAUGGGAGGAUCUCAAUCACACGUGUCACAGCGGAUCUCUCCCUGGCCAAGCGCUCUGUGCUCAACAACCCAGGCAAGCGGGCCAUCAUUGAGCGCUCCACCACACGCUCCACCAUCGCUGAAGUUCAGAGUGAGAUCGAGAGGAUUUUUGAACUGGCCAAGUCAUUGCAGUUGGUUAUAUUAGAUGCCGACACCAUCAACCACCCAGCACAGCUGGCCAAAACCUCACUGGCCCCCAUCAUUGUCUAUGUCAAAGUCUCCUCCCCAAAGGUGCUGCAGCGCCUGAUCAAGUCCAGAGGGAAAUCGCAGGUGAAACACCUCAAUGUCCAGAUGAUGGCUGCUGACAAGCUCGUGCAGUGCCCUCCAGAACUCUUUGAUGUGAUCUUGGAUGAAAACCAGUUGGAGGAUGCCUGUGAACACCUGUCUGAGUACCUGGAGGUGUACUGGCGAGCAACCCACCACCCUUCGCACACUCCUGGCAGCCAGAACCUCGUGACACCUUCUACUGCCAUUCCAGGCCUACAGAGUCAGGCCCCACAAGGCGAGCGCGGUACCGAGCACUCCCCAGUGGAGCGUGACAGCUUGAUGCAGUCCGAUGCAGCAAGUGACGCCUCCCGCAAGACUUGGACGGUGUCAUCGCAGCGGAGCUCCCGGCACUUGGAGGAUGAGUAUUCAGAUGCCUACACUGACCUGUACCAGCCACAUCGCAACCACAACAGCGGCCUCCACAGCACCAACGGCCACGACUCACAAGACCGCCUUCUGGAGCGCGACUCUGAGCACAACCACAAUGAGAGGAACUGGCAGCGCAACCGGCCCUGGGCCAAGGACAGCUACUGAAACCACACAGGGCCAGCCAUUUCCCCACUCCUGGGCCCAGGCAGCCAACGAUCUGGGGCCAGGCCACCUCCUCUCGGACUGAGUUGAUUGGUCCAUCUUGCCUGGUAUCAAGCCUUUCUGUCUGUCCCCUCCUUGCUGAGCCCCCCUCCCCCAGUAUACAGGUCCUGCCCCAGUAUAAAGGUGCUAUCAAUGGAACCCCAGACACAACCACAGCUGCCUGAUUCCUAUACACAGGUUGGGUGGAUUUGCUCACCCACCUAUGCUUUGGGUUACGAGGGCCAUGAUAACGUUCUUGCAGGGUAAAUUCCAUCAGCAGCUUGGCAUCCCGAUUCCAUUUACUGGGAGGUGGAGAAGGAAGAGGAGUUGUGUAUAACCCCAGGAGAGAGGCAGUGUGUGUGGUCUGUGUGUGUGACAGAAGGGCCCCAGCAGCUGUGAGUUCUCUUUUCUAGGAGAGCAGAAUUGUGUGCUAGGACUGAGGAGUAUUAGCAGUCAGGAACACUAAGUUUUUAGUGAGUUUAAUACAAUGUUACAAUGGGAGGAACCAGAACUUCUGGUUCUGCUUGCUCGAGGACCAGCCACCAGUCUGUACUUUGCUCCAGGCUGGUUUGAUACAGGUUUCUGGACACACAAGUAUUGCCCCCGCAUCUGCAUUCAUAGGUGCAGCAUUGCGUGGUACAGUGUCAGCCCUAGACUCUGCUGCAGACAUUCAGAGAAAUAACUGAGUCAGUUUGUGGAAGCUUUAGAAGGAUGGGGAAGAUCCUCACAAAUGAAUUACAGGCAAGAGUGGUGAAAUUAUGACAUCACCUCCUGGAAUGCCUAUAGUUAUCACAAAUAAGGUGGUAAAAUUGUCCCUGCACUGUAUUACUGAAGGUAGGAGCAAGCACUUGCUGAAACGCUUCCCCAGUUGGGAGGGGGGUGGGGAGAAUCUCUGCACUUCGGAAGCCAACACUGCAGGGAGAAGACUCAGCUCCACUUGAAGUCUUCUCCUUGGUGUCGAGUUUUGUGGAGGUGGAGAACAAAAAAGGUAAAAAGAAUGGGAAGACCAUUCUGCCAUAGAACAAUUUCUAUCCUGUACUUUGCAGAAUCUGGCCGAGGCGGCUAGUGUAGUCCAGGAGUGUUUUGCAGUCCAGGGCAGUUUUUGUGUGCACAUCCAAGUGGGCAUCACGGUGCUCCCUGGCUGCAGCAUGUCAGAGCAUGCACCACUACCUUCACCAUGGCAAGAGAGACUUCCUCACAGGGGCUCCUGUCACCUGAAGACAGCCUUCUGAUGUGAAUAUGGGUCUGGGUGCAGAAUAUCUCAGUACUGCAACACCGGUCAUCUUACAUUGUUCCUGUGAAUUCAGACACAGAAACAAUGCAACAGUGGGCAAAGACCUGCUCUAGAACUGCCCCGAGUCUCUCUUUCCCUGCUCUCCCCACUUUGGCUUCCAUGAAGAGGAAGUCAUCUUACCGAUUCUCAGGAAGUGGAGGGGCAAACUACUCAUGUCAGACAUGACUGCUUCUUGUCAAGGAGAAUUAAGACUUGGGCAGAACAACCACAGGGAAGGGGGAUGCCCAACCAUUUCCAAGCCAUUCUUCCACACUCAAAAUACCCUGUGAGCUGCUUUUCCUCAGGGGAAACCAGACCCAUGGAAGGAAGAGGGCUACUUUGAGCCGAAAAUGCCUCCUGGCAUGAGACAAAACGUUUCCCUUUUUCAUUCUGCUGCUUGCCAGGCAAAACCAUAGCGCCCCUCCUCCCCUCCCCCGAGCCUGAUCGGUACAGGAGCUUUCUUUCCCCCAGAUCCUGGAACGUCCUUCCUUCCUCUCUACCGAGUACACAGCCGCUUCUCUACUAGUGAGGCGGAACAACUGAGCUUGUAAAGCCACAAUGCGAGAAGUUUCAUUUUUUAAAUUCUGAAACCCACCCCUCCCCCAGACUUCUCUGCUAAUUGCAUGAGGCCUUGAUCUUGCAUUUCCAACCCAUGUUAGAGGGGGAAGCGCCACAGACAACAGCCCAGCAGUGAUGACCACGCCACCCUCGUGCCUGGGCUCUGUCUUGAGGGAAAAGUUGCAGGGUUAGAGCCAACCCCCCCUCUGCCAUUUCCUGCUUUCUGUCUCAUGCACAAGCCCCCAACCCCUUAAUGCCCAGUUGCUCUACCUUGGCUCCCCCCGCCCCUCAGCACCUCGAACACUUCACUGGGCAGUGGAUGACGCCCCCCUUUGCCCCUAAAAGCACGUACACCUAUCAGAAAUCAGCCUGUAAAUACUGCACACCACCACCAUUGCCUGUCACAUGCUCUGGGCUGCCCAGAGCCAAGGGAAAGGGCUCUCCCCCUUCCUGGCUUAGGCAGUUUCAGGGGCAGGCAGAGGAGACCUGGGUUCUGUCCCUGCCGUUGCUGGUAAGUUGGCAGCGGCACUGGCUUUGUUACUGUUCUUUUGUAGAGAGCACUUAUUUCCCUGACAACUUGUAAGCGGUUUGAAACAAGCGUUUGCUGUUUGUA